UCUUUUAAUUGUUAUUAAUUUAUAUUAUCUUAUUUGUUGGAAUUUAUUAAUUGUUCGGCUCUACAAAAUUUGUAAUUUUGUAUCUUUGAAUGUUCGUUAGUUUUUAGUUGGAGUAGAAUUUAACAUUUUCUUCCUUUUGUUUUUGUUCUUUUUCAAUUCUAUUUUGUGUUCUAUUGAUUCUUAUAUUCUUACUGACCUGGUGAAGAAAUUGAACAAAACUCUUUCAAAAUGUUGACUAAAUGUGGUCGUUUGGUGACAUACCUUCAACGAACUCGACAUUAUAGUGGAAAAAUUGUCUCUGGUUAUUCUAAUUCUGCUCGAUUAUCAACUUCAUCUUUAUCUUUACAGUGUAAACAACGUUUCAUCUCCAGUUUCCAGCAAAAAUUCACUUGCGAGGAAAUACAUUCUAAUUUGUCAUUGAGAAGACCUUUCCAUACCGGUUCGCCAUUGUAUGAUGAGGUAAAAACUGUCACAGCUCCUCAAUUUGCUGAAUCUAUUAGUGAAGGUGACAUUCGUUGGGAAAAAGCUGUUGGUGAUACGGUUGCUGAGGAUGAACUUGUUGCCGAGGUUGAAACAGACAAGACAACAGUUCCAAUAAAUUCACCUUAUGCUGGUGUUAUUGAGGAAUUUCUUGUCGAGGAUGGAACUGCCAUCAAAUCUGGUCAACCUAUUUUCAAGAUCAAAGCUGGAGCAACUGGUGGUGCUAAGAAAGAGUCAACCCAAUCAGCUGCUCAAGCUGAAUCAUCACCUUCUCCACCACCGCCACCACCACCACCACAAUCUCAACCAUCUUUCUCUGCACCUUCAACACCACCUCCAGUUCCACCAAAGCCGUCAACUCCUUUAACUUCAACACCAGUUUUCUCUUACACCCCACCAACCUCUGCUACAGAAGUGCCUGGAAUAUUAGGACCCAACCGAACAGAACAUCGAGUCAAAAUGAAUAGAAUGCGACAAAGAAUCGCCCAGCGUCUUAAAGAUGCACAAAACACUUAUGCUAUGUUGACAACUUUCAAUGAAAUUGACAUGAGCAAUGCUAUUGAACUGCGAAACUCAUACAAAGAUGCUUUCCUAAAGAAACACAAUCUAAAGUUAGGUUUUAUGUCAGCCUUUGUGAAAGCAACAGCUUAUGCUUUACAAGAUCAACCAAUUGUAAAUGCUGUAAUUGAUGAUCAAGAUAUCGUUUACCGUGACUACAUUGAUAUUUCUGUUGCCGUUGCAACACCAAAAGGUUUAGUCGUACCUGUCCUCCGAAACGUUGAAAAUAUGAAUUAUACCCAAAUAGAAAAGGCAAUUUCCGAUAUGGGAGAUAAGGCUCGAAACAAUGCUUUAGCUAUUGAAGACAUGGAUGGUGGCACUUUUACAAUCAGUAAUGGCGGAGUUUUCGGAUCUCUUUAUGGUACACCCAUUAUUAACCCUCCCCAAUCAGCUAUAUUAGGAAUGCAUGCUAUCGUGGAAAGACCUAUGGCAAUCAAAGGAAAGGUUGAGAUUAGACCCAUGAUGUAUGUAGCCUUAACCUAUGAUCAUCGAAUCAUUGACGGAAGGGAAGCUGUUACAUUUUUACGGAAAAUUAAGGCCACCGUUGAGGAUCCUCGAAUUAUGUUGUUGGACCUUUAGACGAACGAUUAAUUAAAAGUCAUUUACAAUUAACAGCCCAAGCUAAGAAAGAGGAGAAACAUGAUAAGAGUAUAAAUGAGAUACACAAAUAACUGUAUAAAGUGACAAACGAUUGUAACAAAUUGUAGUUAGUUAGAUAUACGAGAUAAGAAGACAGAUUUAAGCAGCAAUGACCACAACUGACCAUCAAGAAACCAAAAAAAAAACGAGCAAAGAAAUGAACUUGAACGUUUCAAUUUAUAAAUGAAGUCCUUCCCGUUAUAAAUUACGAAAUGUUAUUAAUCAUUUCGUUUAAUAAUAAUUAACAAUAAACAAACCAAAUCGAUAGAAAAAAA